CUUUUCCAACAAGACAUCUUGGUGCUUUGCAAUUAGUGUAUCUUUUCUCUUGCAAGAUGCACUCACUUGAGUAACUAUCAAUGGAACGUGGUUGAAGAAAUCAGAAAUACACUUACUGCACUUAGCAACGGUUACAACCACCAGUUGUAAUUGAUGAGCAAAGCAAUGGACAUAGAAGGCAUGUGGACUAUCGUCUCGAAUCAGUUUCUGCAAACCAUUAAAUUCCCCCCCUCAUAUUUGAAGCUCCGUCAUAUCCCUGUCCAUGUAGCCUAGAAAUAGGUAAAUCAUGUAAUGCAAGAAGGUGUAGCAGAGCUUCCUUUAACGCGGCAGAUGUACAAUCUGAAAUAUGCUUCAUUGCAAGAAACCUUUCCAUGACCUUCCCUUGAUUGUUCACGAACCUACAUGUGCCACAAAAUUUAAGUGUUAGGAGAACUCAUGGCAUAAUAAUUUUAUAAAAGAUAGACAAAAUAUGUGAAGCUAACCUCACAAUCACAGCCAUUUGCUCUUUUAUUGAUGAAUCUCUAGCCUCGUCAAUAAGCACUGCAAAGUUCCUAUCUCCAAUUUCACUCUUAAUUACAGAUGUGACUUCUUGAGCGCAACAUUUUGCAAGUUGCUUUUGAAUAUCUGAACAAACCAUAAGUGCAUUUCCUGGCCCCUUCUCAAAUGCUUCCUUCACUUCACUAUUCUUAUCUUUGUACCACUCUAACAACUCUUUGAAAUUUCCCUUGUUGAUGGAAGUAGAAGAUUCGUCAUGUCCACGAAAAGCUUCCCCCUGUGCUAUGAGAUAUCUUGCACAAUCUAAAGAAGCCGUCAAACGGAUUUUGUACGCUAUUUCAGACUCUUUAGAGUAAGUAUGUAUUUUACUAGACACACUUGAUCGUUGAUUUAUGAAAUCUUCACAUUUACCCCUUGCAAUGUUAUGGACACUAUUUGGACCACCAACAUGUUUUUUAAAAGCAGCAGUAGCGGUCUUCCAACGACUAUACCCAUCUCUUGAGAACACAUCAUUUCCAAAUGUGUUGGGUUGUGCUGUUUUCUUGAAAAGAAAGCAGUAGAAGCAAAAGGCGGCAUUCUCUUUCACACUAUAUUCCAACCAAUCAUACUUACCAAGCCAUGAUCUUUGAAACGAUCUCCAUACUUUACCAUCAAGUGUCUGCUCAAAGACAUGCCCAUUUGCUUCUGUUCGACCCUUCAAUAAAUAUGCCCUCCUCACUUCAUCUCUAAUUUCAUUAGCAUAAUCUUCGAUGGGUAUCCGAAGAGCGGGGUCAGGAAUAAUGUGAUUAGGAUCAAAUUCCAGUCGAAGCCUCUUAGGUCGAUGUGUGCUCUCAUCAACUGUGGAAUUUGUGCUCACAUUGGUUGCAGGAUUUGUGCUCUCGCUGAUUGGUGGAAUUGGACCGCUCUCAUUUCUCGGGGGAUUUGGAAUUGUUCUCUCAGUCUCAUCGACGCCAUCAUCAAUUGGUGGAGCACUUGAUUUUUUCGUCAAAUCCCGACGCAAAUCGCCUGUACUGCGAUCACCAGAUGACACAGAACGUUUCUUCAUUUGAAAAUCUAUUUCAAAAAAUAAAAAAUAUACUACAUCAUUGAUCAAACAAGCUAGUACGAAAUAAACUGUAAUUACAUACACCAGCAGACAGCAGUAGUCGCUAGUUUACUAGCGUUUGCAUGCUUUUUGUACCACGACUUUUCCUGGAAGCUGGCCGUCGGCCGCCUCAGCCUUCAACUUCCGUUCAGGCUCACGAUCUGACCGGCGAAGUGGCGAAUUAGCGAUCCUGGCUGGUGUGUGCCGCGGCGGCUGCGUGAGCGAGACCAGAGGAAUCGAUCGAAUCUGUUGUUCGUCUGCGGCUCGUAAAUUGGGAAUUGAUCGAUCUGAUCACGAUUCCUGCCGUAACCCCCCCUCUUGGGCCGCUAUAAGGCCUCAAGUUAACCUCCACAAGGCCCAGUUAAGUAUAUUAGUCGGUAUUGUUUUUUUUACGGGAGUUCUCUUCUUCCUUGGCUGAUGAACUCCUUUGUUGAAGCGAUCCUGCAUCCCUGCACCUAUAUUUGACAUUUUUUUUGCAAAAAUGGAGGGUAGGCUAGAGCCUGACGAAGCCCACCUGGUGAAAUCGCCCCUGUUUAGUACUGUGUGGUCCCCCUUAUCGCGGAACAUAUACUUCUGGACAGCUCAUCGGCACUGUUCAUCUUCCCUGACCGCCGUAGUGCUACGCCGCCCCGACCGGCAAACAAAUCGGAAGCUUUGAUACCUGCCGCGACGGGAGGUAGGAGACGAGAGAUUCCAUAACCAGCGCUCAUGCGGUUGCAAUGGUUGCAGAUCUACCAUGCAGAACAUCAAUCGCAGCCCAAACCUAGCUCCAUACGAUAUCUGGUCCGCCAUGGAAGCGGGUGGUACGAAUGGGUAUUUCAUGGAGCUCCUGAACAGCGUUGGACACCAGUAUGCCGACCACCUCGGGUCAUGAUACACAAAGGUGUUUGGAUGAUACCUCCUUGUCAUAUUGUGAAGAGAUGGACGAGGGAAGCAAGAGGGCAGAUGGCCGCGGUGGUGCGUAAUGGUGCACAGAAUACACACAUGACGCUGUUGAUGAUGUGGCAACAAGUUCUGCACUUCGCAACACUUGAGCUAAACAACAUGGGCCAAUACGAUGACAACACAUUUAGUAUGGCGAUGAAAUCGAUUGAGAGUAUCAAGAAUGAUAUAAGGGCAUACAAGAAGACGAUUAGCCGGACUUGCCAGGUAGGGUACAAGUCAAAUCCGGUUGAGUUGUCCGGGGAAGAGGAAAGUGGGGAAUCUUCUUCCAUCCCAACUUCUCAGCUCCAGAUAUUUGAUUCCGGUAAGAACAUAGGUCUUGUUGUAUCAUCAAUCAAAGCUCCAUUGAUCAAGAAGAUGAACGGAAGACCUACGAACAAGAGAUUCAUGUCACACUUCGACGCGACGAUAAGGAAGGGCAAAAAACCAAGGCAGAUGAAUGGGCCGAUAUCUGCCCCCGGAGGUCGAUCUGGUGUCAAGCAAACAAGGUUUUGCAGUGUCUGCCACUACGAAGAACAUGACAGGCGCAAGUGCCCAUCGAAAGAUCUGUGCUAGACCUGAUGCUUGUGAACUCUUGUAGUGCCCUAUUUUGCAAUGUUUGCCAUGGCCCAAACUGUUACCUUGAUGUGUAGACUAUUUGGCCACUGAGCUAUGUAGUAGUCGAUAAGUAAAACUUGUGUCCUGUACUUUGGUACUGUAAUGAACAUGUACGUGUUGAUGCUCAGGCCGGGAAAUAGUUCGUUGCCACUUCACAUCC